CAUGUUUGUACAAUUUGUGCCAUCUAUUUAAAUCUUCCUUGCAUUUAAAAAAUAUGCGAAUACAAAAUAACACAUAAAUAGAUACUUUCAAAACGUAAUGCAAACAUAAUAAAAAUCACAAAAGAAAAAUGCUGUGAGUAUCGUUUUCCACUACCCAAUAUUUGCGGUUCGCGGAGGAUGUGGAACAGAUAGCAACAACAGCAGUAUUCGUUGGAAGCUGCUUGAGUUCGGUUCGUGCUAAAGCUUGGAAGACAAAAAAAAGAUCUAGUUUCAUCACGUUUGUUAAUUAUUGCGUAAUAAUUUAUCCAUCAUGAUUAACAAAGUUUUAACUGACAAUCAAAAUCAAGGAAAUAACAUCAAUCCUGAAAAUGGAUCUUUAAUGAGCCAAGAAACAACUGAACAAAUGAUAGAGAUCGAUGUUAAUGUUGAGAAUGUUUCUUUUUUGCAAGACAUCGAAAUCAUAAAUAGGGAAGAUUGCGUUGAGGAAGUGGAAGAAGUAGGUUCCUUAGAAAACAGUAAGAACAAUAUACCAGAAGAAGGCAUUGCAGAUAGAUCGGAUUUUUCCGAUGUAAAAGCUGACCUUCAAGAAGAUAACGAAACUUUUGAUGACGCUAUCAAUACAGAAACGCAAAAUUUACAAGACGUCGAAGGUAUGAAUAAGGAAGAUUGCGCUGAGGAAGGGGUUAAUGUGGGUUCUCUGGAAAACAAUGAAAAUAAAAAACCAGAAGUUGAUAUUGAAUUACUUGUAAAUGUAUCUUUUGAUAACGAUAUCAUUCCGGAAAUGGAAAAUGACAACGCUAAAGCUGAGAGUGGAACUAUUUUACAAGAGUGCGAAUAUACAAAUGGACCAAAUUGCGAGAAGAUUGAUGAUAAAGGAGCAAGCUGUUUAGAAAACAAUAUAGAAGAACCAGAUAUACCAGAAGAACUAAAUAUACCAGAAGAACUAAAUAUACCAGAAGAAGAACCAGAUAUACCUGAAAAAGAACCAGAUAUACCUGAAAAAGAACCAGAUAUAACACAAGAAGAAACAGAUAUACCAGAAGUAGAACCAGAUGUACAUAAUAUAACCGAUGACUCUCAAAGUGAUAAUGCAUAUCUUGAUAAAUCUACAGAACUGCAAUUGGUAGAUAAUGAUGGCAAUGAUGAGAGAGUAUCUCUUUUACUGGAGGCUUGCAAAAUAAUAAAUGCAGAAUUUGAUGAUGAAGAAGAGGAUGGAGCACGUUGGUUAGAAAUCAAUAUACCAAAAGAAGUCGUCAUGGAUGAUGAAGAAUGUACUGAAAUAUUAAUAAUUAGAAAUAAGAUAUUGGAAAUAUUUUCCGAUGUAGAAGAAUCGUAUCUGCUCAAGCUGUGCUACGACAAUAGUAAAUCAACCAUUGAAGAAAUUUCAGAAAUAUUGAUGAAUGGCUACCCGAAAAAUCCAGAAGUACAGAAGAAUUACGUAGCAAAAAUAAAGGAAGUACUGUCGAUUAAUGAUGAUAAACUCGCAAGUCAUUUAGCGAGCAAUAUUAAAUCUAAGGAGGACUUAAAUAGUUUCGUGAAUGAAACAUAUGAAACUGAGAUCAAGGAGCCGGAUCCAUUUAAAGUAACCUCAGUGGACUGCGAGUGUUGCAGCAAUGAAAAUUUGAAGAUUGAUGAGAUGAUCGAUUGCCCGAACGGUUGCUAUUUUUGUAAGAAUUGUGAUUAA